GUGGGUUUUAUGUCUCUUUCCCAACUGUUUUUAGAAACUCAAGCACCAUUUGAUUCCUUGGGGCUGUACAUCAGAAUACGGAUUUUCCAGAAGAGCCCUUGAAACUAAGUAGGACGUUUCACAAAGCAGAAGUGGGUUUCCUGGUAAUACAUUUCAUCCCAAAAUGACGACAGAAUCAAAGAAAGCUACAGCUCAGAACCUUCAGGAGAAUGAAGGGCUUCUCAUAGUGAAGAUAGAAGAGGAAGAUUUUGUCUGGAGGCAGGACACUUCCCUCCAGAGAAGAGACCCCUUUAGGCAGGAGUUCUGCCGACAGCUUUUCAGGCAGUUCUGCUACCAGGAUUCCGCUGGGCCCCACGAGGCCCUGAGCCGGCUGAGGGAGCUCUGCCAUCAGUGGCUGCAGCCCGAGACACACAGCAAGGAGCAGAUCCUCGAGCUGCUGGUGCUGGAGCAGUUCCUGACCAUCCUGCCCGAGGAGCUGCAGGCCUGGGUGCGGGAACAUGGCCCAGAGAAUGGAGAGGAGGUGGUCACCCUACUGGAAGAUUUGGAGAGAGGUGCUGAUGAAGCAGUAGUCCAGGUUCCAGUCCAUGCACACAGACAAGAGAUACUCGGGAAGAAGGUGGUGCCUCCUGGACCAGCCCUGAGUGUCCAGUUGCAGCCAGUGGACCCCAAGGCCCUUCAUGGUUCUUCAGCACCCCUUCUGCUGGACGGCGAUAAUGAGAGUGAAAACAAUGGAUUCAUGCCAAAGUUGGACAUUUAUGAAAAAAUGGAAUCACAGAAGAUUCUAUCAGGAAGAAUUUCAGGAUUCAUUUCAGAAGGAAUUGCUGAGCCUCAAAACAUCUGUAAGUCUGCAGGCAGGCUAAAGAAGCAAUGGGAAAAAGAAUCAGGGGGUGCUCAGAGACCAUCAUCUGCUCAGGAUGGAGGUUUUAGUAAAAUCCUUACCCACAAAAAUACACUCACAGGUAGCAUUAGCCAUGAUGGUUGUGAGAGAAGCUUAAACCUGAAUUCAAGUGAAUUGACACACCAGAAAUCUUGUAAACACACUACCUAUGACCAAAGUUUCAAAUGGAAUCCAGAUUUUUUUAAGCAUCAAAGAAUUUAUGCUGGAGAGAAAAUUCACCAAUAUGGAACAUCUCUCAAAAGCCCAAACCUUAUUAAACAUGCAGCAAUUUUUAGUGGGGAGAAAACCCACCAGUGUAAUGAAUGUGGGAAAGCUUUCAGACACAGCUCAAAGCUUAUCAGGCAUCAGAGAAUCCACACUGGAGAGAGGCCUUAUGAAUGUAAUGAGUGUGGGAAAGGCUUUGGGGGGAGCUCAGAUCUUAUGAGACACCAGAGAAUUCACACUGGAGAAAGACCCUUUGAAUGCAAAGAAUGUGGGAGAGCAUUCAGCCUGAACUCACAUCUUAUCUUGCAUCAGAGAAUUCACACCAGAGAGAAACCCUAUGAAUGUAGUGAAUGUGGGAAAACCUUCAGAGUGAGUUCACACCUCAUUCGACACCUGAGAAUCCACACUGGAGAGAAACCCUAUGAAUGCAACGAGUGUGGGAGAGCCUUCAGUCAGAGUUCACACCUUCGUCAACACCAAAGAAUUCACAAGAGGGAAAACCUAUAUAAGUGUGAUGAAUGUGGGAGAAGAUUCACUCAAAACUCAAGCCUCAUUAGACAUAAAAGAAUCCACACUGGAGAAAGACCCUAUUCAUGUAACGUGUGUGGCAAAAGUUUCAUCCAGAGCUCACAGCUUAUUGACCAUCAGAGACUACAUAAUCGGUUAAAACCAUAUCAGUGUGAUGAGUGUGGAAAAGCCUUUUAUUACAGUUCACACCUUGUUCAGCAUCAGAGGACCCAUACUGGAGAAAAACCUUUCCAAUGCAGUGAGUGUGGGAAAGCUUUUCACUACAGCUCAGGCCUUGUCCGACACCAAAGGACCCACACAGGAGAGAAGCCAUACCAGUGUGGCUACUGUGGGAAGGCUUUCUGUCUGAGCUCACAUCUGAUUCAGCAUCAGAGAGUCCAUACCGGAGAGAAGCCGUACCAGUGCAGUGAGUGUGGGAAAAGCUUCAGCCAAAGCUCAGGCCUCUUCCAUCACCAGAGAAUCCACAGUGGGGAGAAACCCUACGAGUGUGACGAGUGUGGGAAGGCCUUCAGUCACAGCUCGGCUCUGGUGGGACACCUGCGCAUCCACAGCGGAGAGAGGCCUUAUGAGUGCGAUGUGUGCGGGAAAGCUUUUAGUUACAGCUCACAUCUUCUGGGACACCGACGAAUCCACACUGGAGAGAAGCCCUUUGAGUGUGACGUUUGCAGGAAAGCUUUCCGGCGCAGCUCACACCUCAUUGUACAUCAGCGAGUCCACGCUGGAGAGAAGCCCUGGUGAUUGUUGGUACCGACCAACAAUUCCGCAGAAGGCCAGAAAGGCACAGCCAGCAGAGGACGCCACCGUGACAGUGGCGUGGGGAAUUCUGUGAU